AUAGUCGAAAAGCAAGUGUAUACAGUGACUAAUGUCAUCUCUUUAGAUUCCAAGAAAGCACCACAAUCACUUGUAUUUCACUCGUUUUUCUUCUUUUGUCACUUUCUUGCUACUUGUUUGUCCUUAUUACAGAAACCCCCUUUUUGCAGAUUUCAAGAGUGUUAAGGUAAUGGACGAAGACAGAAUAGGGUUAGUGCUUGCUAGAAUCUCAGAGUUGAGGGUAGAGAUAACAAAUUGCAUUCAGAAAGCAUCAACAAAUGCAAACAAAGAUGAAAAUGGAGUAGAAGAACCGGCUGAGGAUGAAGAUGAAGCUGUGGAUUGUUUGUUGAACAUUAAGGAUGCUCUUGAAUCACUUGAAGCCCAGGUGUCUUCUUUGCAGGCACUACAAGAGCAACAAUGGUAUGAAAAGGAAGCAGCCCUGGCUGAGAUAGGUUAUAGUCAAGAAAAAUUGCUCCAGACACUGAAAGGAUAUGAAGGCAAGGACUUCCAAGUCAUACACGAGGCAAUUGCUUUUGUUUCUGAAACAGUAGAAGACAACAACGAUCUUCUACUUCCUCCUUACCCAAGCAGACCUUCUCGUUCCCUGGUGUCAGACAAGAGUUAUGGUGCCCGGAAGUUCACUCAAAAUGGGGCAAUUGGUGGCCACAACCACGAUUCCAGGAAAGAUCUUGAUGAAGCUAACCAUGAAAGAUCCGAGUCUAAAAGCCCAUUAAGAAUGGUUAAAUUCUUCACUAGUGCAGCAGCCAAGACAGCACUCACAGUUGUUGGUGUAAUCUGUGUCUUGAGUUUGGCAGGAUUCGAACCUCAGCUAAAGAAAUGGGAUAAUCAGUUCAAGGUAUCAAACUUGUUUCAACAGCUGGCGAACAAGGGAAAAGUGCCCGUGGCUGAAAAUGGUGAAACUCAGUGCACCGUGAAAGAGAGAGUUGAAAUCCCAUUUGAAUCAGUCGUGGCAACUCCAGAUGUAAAUUAUGGCUGUGGAUGAAAUGUUAUUCGUUUUUCAGCGUUUGUGUAAAUGCCACUAAGUUUUUUUUUUACUACAUUUGAACUCUGCGUGGCCUGACAAUGUAAUUUGUCUUAGCUAGAGAAAGUUCAAUCAGAAAAUAAAAUCUCAUGCUCAUUGUGCCCUUUAA